UGGUCUUGUGCUGUCAAGUUCUUUACGCUCGCUGUAUAUUUAUCAACUAUCAUUCAACAUGCCCGUCGUUGCUGGUCCCCCUCAAGGGCAUGGUCCCUCUACCUUUGAGAAGAUGAAGAUGGGUGCCAUGAUGGGAUCCACUGUUGGAGGUAUCAUGGGUUUCAUCAUCGGAACUGUCACCAUCUUCCAGUACGGAGCUGGACCUAACGGUGUUAUGCGUACCCUGGGUAAAUAUAUGCUUGGUUCUGGUGCUACUUUUGGUCUCUUCAUGUCCAUCGGCAGCGUUAUCCGUACCGAAGGCCCUCACAACGACGCCUGGCUCCGCGCUCGCGGACCCCCGAUGAUGCUCCCCCGUCAGAGCCCUCUGCGCCCUAUGCGCGACUAAAUACUUGAUGAGAAGAUGGAAUUAUACCAAUUGAGGGAUGUGGGCUUUGUGAGGUGGAGGAAGAC